CUUCACUCUCUUGGUCGCGGAAAAAAGAAAGUGGAAAGAGCGCGCGACAGAUCAUGACCACAGAACACCCUCAAGCCAGACUGACAGACCUGGCACGCUCCUCAGACAGCGAAGGCAGGUCAACUGGGCAGGGCAAGCACUUGACAAACAGCUCACUCAACCCGGUCACGCUCCGGGUGCCAUGUCGGGCGCACCAGAUCCAUUUGCCGACUCACAGAUACUCUCGCGUCAGAUAGAGUCGAGGCUGCUCGUGUCUGACCUCAAGGAAGUCCUCAAAGCUUGUGGUCUCUCUACAUACGGGAACAAGCGACCACUCAUUGAUCGCCUCCUCUCGAGCAUCGCAUCCUGGCGAAACACCAAUAAUGUCGUUGCAUAUCAAACGCUUAGAACUGCUCUGGAUCGUGUACGUGAAGCAAGAACAGGGCACGUUGUUCCACCGCAGCAGCUGCCUACUGGGCAACAAGUGCGACCACAGCAAGCGCGCCCACCCCUGCCUGGCUACAACGUAGCGGCAGUUGCACGACCAGCAGCCGUACAGGCGCCGCGUCCAGCCGCACCAGCGUUAGUAGAGCAGAAACUCAUCAGCUUCAAGGAGAGUCCUUUCUUUACGCUGCUCGAGAAGGUCUCGGAAAGAGCAUAUUGUACCGCUGCUGCGAGAAACACUGUGACCACCACAUUCAUGCUGAAAGAGCAACAACUAAAGAAGCUCGAGGAGCCUGGGUAUGCCAUGAUGGUCUUCUCAGCCGAAGCGCAGUCAUCCAAUUACAUGCAAGUCCCGAUAGAGUUCCCAACGCCCUCAGAACUCCUCUGCAAUGGCAAAAAGAUCAAUGCAAACUUGCGUGGUCUUAAGGGAAAGCCAGGAACUGUGCCGCCAGCAGACAUCACUAAGCAUCUUCAACUCUCAUCACGCGUCAGCAAUCGAAUUGAUCUCACCUACCAGGGCACUACACGCAAAUUCUGCUACCAGGUAGCGCUCGUCAAGAAGAACUCUGUUGCAGAUUUGGUGGCACGCGUUAGAAAAGGUCGCUAUCUCACAAAGGAAUCAGUCCUUGCAAAGCUCCGCAGACCGGACGAUGAUGAUAUUGAGAUGAGCUCCUUUGACUUGACCUUGAAGGAUCCGCUCGCGUAUACGCGCAUCACCUUACCCUGUCGGUCCCUCAAUUGUCGGCACAAUCAAUGCUUCGAUUGCGAAGUAUUUUUCAUGAGUAACGAACAAACACCCACCUGGACUUGCCCAAUAUGCACCAUCCCCAUACCCAAUGAACACAGUAUCGUGGUGGAUGGCUAUUUCCAAGAUAUUUUGUCAAAAGUCGAUUCUGAGGUCGAUACGAUCCUUGUUGAUCCGCAAGGCAAUUGGAAAGUUCCUCAGGAGAAGUCUGCCCAGGAUGUGGAACUACCUGAAAAAUCUGCCGAGAAUGGCAUGAAGCAUGAGAUUUUUGAUUUGGAUGGUGUCUGUCUGAAUCCACCUCUAGCACUCCCGUCCCGCUUACUCGAGGUGGCGUCGUCGCGCUCCGCGUCCCCGGCCUCUACACACACGCCAAAGCGGAAAGCACCGCCCGUCGAGGUGAUUGACCUGACUUCAGACACAGAUGACGAAGCACCAGCGCCACCACCCGCAAAGAGACCGCAUGUAACGAUACAAGCUCCUGUACAGCAACGUCCGCAAUCUAGUAGACCCAUGGGACCCUUUGAGCGUGCUGCGUUAGUGGCAGCCGCGCGAAAUAGCGCUAAAGCGACCAAUGCGUCUUUUUCCGCUUCUUCAAUGUCUUCUUCACCAUCAGCACAACCAGCAAAUCCAUUUCCUGUUCCUGUUCCUGCUGGGUCUGAGGCGCCACGAGCUGCGAGCAUUGAUAAUAUGCGCGCACGGAGUCCACCAUCAGCGCAAGUGGCAGGUGACAGAGAUCUUGCCACAAAUGGGUCAAUCACGACUAGCAACGGCGCUCCCCAAGAUCUUUCAGUACCACUGCAACGCCAAGUGUCCUCCACAUCAGAUCAGCCCACAGCACAAGCCCUGGCGCGACAAGAGUCGAUGAACACUGAAGUGGACGAAGCCGAGGCAGCGCACAUGAGACUCAAAUCAGGCGCGGCACGCUCUCACAUUACUGAGCAGUCAGCCUCCGAUCGUCGACAGGAAGACGAGGACGAACUUGCGCGGCAGCAGCCUGUGGCAAGUAGCAAUGGCACAGCACCUACCCUACAAGCGACAAGCUCCUUGUUGCCAGAAGAUCCUGAGCUGGAUGAGCUGUUCAGUAGCGAGAUUGACCUCGAUGCAGAUCAGCUGUAGCAGCGAAUAGACAGGCUUGUGCUCAACGAAGUUGCCGUCAAGAAGGAACCCUGCGAGCAUGACCUGAUCAAGGACGAGGUGGAGGGCACGCUUGUCAAAUUUGAAGAGCUGUCCUUCAUAGCUCUUAAGCAUGAGGAUGGUGAGGACCGCAGCAGCACAGCAUUCAGCUACGCCGCUUACAUCAAGGUCGAACGCCGAUGCCGAGACAUGGUCUAGCAUUAUUUUGUACCAUCUCGUAGACUCCGACACCUCGCUCGAGCGUAGAACAUAUGCAUGUA